UUCAGUCAUCAAGCAACCUGGGUUCUGAACACUUCAUCAUGCUUUUCAAAGUAUUCCUUGUGGCCUUUUUGGCAGUCGGAGUCCUCGGUGAGUACAAGCUCAGCGAAGACCAGCGUCAGAAAAUUAAGGAUGCUAUAAAGGACACCUGCACCAAAAACGGCGCCGCUGAUAAAAUCGACCAGGCUGAGAACUCAAUCAAGAACUUCGUCGACUGCGUCAAGACUCUGUUCAACUUUGAUACUCUCAAAAACGAAAUCGAAGCAGCUAAACCUAACGGUGCCCUCGAUGAGGUCUUCAAGAAGUACUGCGCCAAAUCGCCCGAGCUGAAGACUUGCAUACACACGCUCACGGAGGGCGUGUCCCCUUGCCUGCCCGUCAGCAUUCGCGACAACAUCAACUCCGGCAAGAACGCCAGCGACCAGCUGAUCGACUUCGUGUGCUACAAGGAUGGAGACAGGAUUGCUUUGUUCAUCGCCGAGGGAGGUCCCGAGUGCUUCCAAGAGAAGAGCAACUCUCUCCGUGAAUGCGCCAACAAGGCUCGCGAGGGCAUCACCGACAUUGACUCCGUAAAAGCCCUUUCUAUUGAUGAGAAAUGCGCCAAAUUCGACGAUCUGACCUCUUGUGUGGUCAAAGCCCUUGAGGAAUGCUCCACACCCACCCCUGGUAACAUGGCUGAAUCACUCAUGAGAUACAUCAGGAAAGGAACUCCAUGCAAGGCAAACUAAACUCACCCAUCGUGAAAAGACUGUCAUUUAAGUGCCAUUCAAAUUUCGUAUAAAACAAUAAACGCACCAUUUUUCUGUAA